GGCUUAUAAACUCCCCGGAUUGCCGCUUCUAUUUUCCUUCUAGACUAUUGUCCGUCUAUAAUUGGGUUGAGGGUAUCUUCGACGCUACAGAACACCAAAGAAAAACGCCUAUCAUCCACACAAUGGCUACAAUUCGACACGCACGCCGGGAGGACGCCCCCGUUAUCCUGGAGCUCAUCCAGGAGCUCGCCGACUACGAGCGUGAGCCAGAUGCCGUCAAGGCCACAGUCCAGACCCUGACAGAUACCAUUGCGUUCGCACCCUCAGACGCCCCCGACUCGCACAUGCCCAUCACCGAGCCUAUAUCGUCGACCCGCCCCGCUAGGUGUCUGUUGCUCAUUUCGCCCGAGGGCGAGGCCGUGGGCAUGGCGCUGUACUUCUACAACUACAGCACCUGGCGGUCGCGGGCGGGCAUCUACCUCGAGGACCUGUACGUGCGGCCCAAGGGGCGAGGGAUGGGGUACGGCAAGAAGCUGCUGAGCGCGCUGGCCAAGCAGGUGGUCGCCGUGGGCGGCUUCCGUCUUGAUUGGGUGGUUCUCAAGUGGAACGAGCCCAGCAUCAACUUCUACAAGAGCCUCGGCGCUCAGGCUAUGGACGAUUGGGUGGGCAUGCGGGUGGAGGGCGAAAGCCUGGCCAAGUUGGCCAGUCUGACUGACUAGACAAGCCGUGCGACGUGCAAUAAAA